GGGACAGGAGCCCGAACAGGUCUGUUAAAGGGUUAAUUCUGGCCUGCAGGGACAGGAAGAUGUUCACUUUUGUGAAACUGAAGGCCAAACCGCUUUAAGAAAUUCAAGUUGAGUAUCUAAAGGAAUGCAGCGGUGUAGCAUCAUUGGAUUAAAAGUGGUUUCCUCCAGCAUUUAAAUGGGGUUGGUCUCCUAAACAAAAGGAAGGGGAUUUUUCUCGAGGGGGUCGGUACUCCAGAAAAGACAGGAAAAAUGAGAUAAGGUUUUUAGGCAUUUCAACAGGCACAGGACGACAAACAACAUAUCCAGAGGAGAUCUGAGUCCAUGGUAAGGUUUGGAAGCAUGUCUUACAGCGACCCGACUCCACCCAGCCCCAGCAGGACCAGCAGCAGUAACUCUGGGGCGCAGUGUGCUACUGCUGCGCUGGGCUUGGGCCUCAUCGCUCUGGGGAUAGUCAUGAUUAUGUGGAGCGUGGUGCCGCCAGGGUCUGGAGGGAACAGCUCCAGACCCAGCAUGGAUAAAAGUCAAGUUCGGGAGGCCUCGUCCGUGGCGUUCGUCCUAGUAGGGGGAGGAGUGGCGCUUCUGCUGCUGUCUGUGUGUCUGAGUGUACGGAAGAAACAGAGGGCGGCCCGGGGACAAGAAGCCAGCAGUACACCUGCUAACACACAGGAGGAGGGGGCUAUGAUGGAACAACUAGCUCAAAACUACACUGUACCCACUUACGAGGAGGUGGUAAUGAGUGGCCAGUAUCCCAUCAGUCAGUCCUCAGAGCGACACAACAGCAUCACCCAGCUGCCAGCCUAUGAGGAGCUAGAGGAAGAUCAGCACACUGUGGAAGAUGGAUUCAGCCCAGCACGCAGACCUUCAUCCCAAAUCGACCCCAGGACUGGAGCGGGUGGCCGAAGAAACAGCCGGCCUGGGCGCAAGCUGAUUCCCCUUAAAAUUAGGCGCAUAAAAUCUGAUAACCUGAGGAGGAAAAGCUUAAGCGAUAUCCAGCAGACUAACGUGUUCUCCAUCGAACCCCUCACGCCUCCUCCACAGUAUGAUGAAAAGCUCCCUCCAGUUCCUACAAACGCACACCAGUGAGGAAUGCUGGAGGUUUAUGCUAACUCUGCAGUGUGAUGAAGUGUGACUACUUCUUUUACAAGUUACUACUGUACUGAACUUCAUAUUACUCCUCUGGAAUGGAUGUGCCACUAUCAGCAGCACAGAGGAGGCAGUAGUAUGGAAAGGGGAGAGCCGUCGUUAUGUCUUCCUGUGUUUCCUGAAUAUAUCUGUAGCAAAAAAAAAAAAAGAAAU